UGAAAACAAGAAAUAUGCAAGAAAUAUGUUAUAAUUAAUUAAUUAUAUGAAUUAUUAUAUUUGAUAUCAUAUUAGAUAGUAAUAUAAAAAAUGAGCAGUUUGUUGAAGCAUAGUAGAGAUAAACGGCAACAUUCAAAGAAAGAUAAAAAACUAAUAAAACUCAUAAAAUCCAAAUCUGAAUCUGAAGAUGAAGGCAGUGAACAUGAAUUAUCCUACUAUUUAAAUGACAGAGUUAAAUUAAUGAAAGAAGUGUUAAAAAUCAUUAAACCUAGAAAGAUUAAAAGUAUGGCACCCGAUUGUAUGAAGAGUAUGGACAUUGAAGAAAUUAAUUCAAUGCUGUUGGAAGAACUCUUGGGCAUAUCUAAUAAGAGGCUAAAAUACAUUUUCAAUGGACAAAAUCUGAAUGAAGAAAGUAGUUCAACUGAUCCAGAGGACCAGCCUGAUGAUGUAAUAUCUUUAGAUGAUAUUAGCGAUGACGAUUUGGAAAUUAUAGAUUUGGAUCAAGAUUCUGAAGUAAAAAAGGGUAAAAAACAUAGGACCAGAAUAAAAGAAGAACAUAAACACAAAAAGAUAAAAAAGGAAAAACAAGACAAGGAUCAUGGUUUAGAAAAGUACAAAAGAGAAAAAAGCAAAAAUGAAGAGACAGAACCAAAUCCCAUGAGUGAAAAGAAUUUGAUGAGUGUACUAGAACUGCUGGAACUUCAAGCCAGAGCUAGAGCUAUAAGAUCUCAACUGGUUUUGGAAUCCACUAAACCUGCUGAACCAGCACCACCUAGUAAUGAAAUCGUGGAUAAAGAGGAUAGUAAUGAAGAAGAUGCAGUGAUAGUAGAGAGUCCACAGAAUGAAGAAAUAGUAAUAUCAUCUAGUGAUACAGAAGGUGACGAAACAGUGGAAGACAACCAAUUAGAAAGUGACUCUGAAAGGGAAAAGAAUGCAGUAGCUAAAAAUAAAACCAAAUUAAUCCAGAAAUCGACUCACAAAGAAGGAGAUCAGAGUAGUAGUUCAAAUUGGAAAAAUGUUAUGAUAGAUACAGCGACGACUAAUUUCACAAGAACUGUUAGAAUCAUUAAAAAUACAACAAUCAAAGAAUCUGGACAAAAUGGCAUGAACAAGAAAAGUCACGAUUCCGUCACUGAUAGCAGUGCGAACUCUAUACCGGAAAUACCUCUCCCAAAAAGUAAAUCCAAAAAGGCAAUGAGUGAUGUCUCUACUGAGAUAAAACACCGACAAAAAUGUAAAAAUUCGGGCCAUGGAAAAGAAACCACUGACAAGCCAACUUUUGAUAAGACAGAAGAUAAAGAUAAUUCGUGUCAAACUAAGAGUUCUCGUUCUAGCAAAACUAGUAAAGAAGUUGAAGAAAAGUCAGAGGCAUCCGUAGACAAAUUAGACAACCACACUCAACAACAAGAAAGUAUCUUAUCGGAGGAUAAUUCAAAAUUAAGUGCACACGUUAAUAGACAAAAAGUUAGUCAAGAAAAUAAUGAAAAUAAUAGUGCUGGAGAGGAUGGUGAAGGCAUUGUUUUAAAUGCUGAUCAAUCAGAUAUAGAUUGUAUAAAUAUAGACUAGAUAUUGAUCAUAUAAAUAGAGAUUACGUAUUUAUUGUAUAAAUAUAAAACUUUAGAUAGAAACUGUUGUUAGAAAAAUGUCAAAUAAAUGAAACUGAGUUGA